GCUGCAAGCGGGGUCGGCGACGGUCGACAUGGGAGUCCCCAAGUUUUACCGGUGGAUCUCGGAGCGGUAUCCCUGCCUCAGCGAGGUGGUGAAGGAGCAUCAGAUUCCUGAAUUUGACAACUUGUACCUGGAUAUGAAUGGAAUCAUACAUCAGUGUUCACAUCCUAAUGAUGAUGAUGUUCAUUUCAGAAUUUCUGAUGAUAAAAUUUUUACUGAUAUUUUUCACUACUUGGAAGUUUUGUUUCGCAUUAUUAAGCCCAGAAAAGUUUUCUUUAUGGCAGUUGAUGGUGUGGCUCCACGAGCAAAAAUGAACCAGCAACGUGGGAGACGUUUUAGGGCCGCAAAGGAGGCUGAGGACAAAAUCAAAAAAGCUUUAGAAAAGGGAGAAAUUCUUCCCUCAGAAGCAAGAUUUGACUCCAACUGUAUUACACCAGGGACUGAAUUUAUGGCCAGAUUACAUGAGCAUCUGAAGUAUUUUGUAAAUAUGAAGAUUUCCUCAGACAAGUCAUGGCAAGGAGUUACUAUCUACUUAUCAGGCCAUGAGACUCCAGGAGAAGGAGAGCACAAAAUCAUGGAAUUUAUCCGAUCCGAGAAAGGAAAGCCAGAUCAUGAUCCAAACAUCAGACAUUGUCUUUAUGGUUUAGAUGCUGACUUGAUUAUGCUUGGAUUAACAAGUCAUGAGUCACAUUUCUCUCUUUUAAGAGAGGAGGUCCGAUUUGGUGGCAAGAAAACACAAAGAGUAUGUGCACCAGAAGAAACAACAUUUCACCUCCUACAUUUAUCUUUAAUGAGAGAAUAUAUUGACUAUGAGUUUUCUGCAUUAAAGGACAAGAUUUCCUUUAAAUAUGACAUAGAAAGGAUAAUAGACGAUUGGAUUUUAAUGGGAUUUCUUGUUGGCAAUGAUUUUAUUCCUCAUCUACCUCAUUUGCAUAUCAAUCAUGAUGCACUGCCUCUUCUUUAUAGAACAUAUAUGACUGUCUUGCCAGAACUUGGUGGUUAUAUUAAUGAAAAUGGCCAUCUCAACUUACCUCGGUUUGAGAAAUAUCUCAUAAAACUGUCUGAUUUUGAUCGUGAACACUUCAGUGAAGUUUUUGUUGACUUGAAAUGGUUUGAAAGCAAAGUCGGCAAUAAAUACCUCAAUGAAGCAGCCGGUAUUGCAGCAGAGGAAGCAAAGAACUACAAACAAAAGAAACUAAAGGGCCAGGAAAACUCUAUAUGUUUGGCUGCUUUAGACAAAACUAAAGAAGAAGUGAUGGCUUCAAAGAAUGUCAUAGAAGAUGAACCUGAAGAUGACGAUCUCUUUGAAACAGAAUUUAGACAGUACAAAAGAACAUAUUACAUGACAAAGAUGGGGGUAGAAAUUGUUUCAGAUGACUUUCUUGCUGACCAAGCUGAAUGUUACGUGCAGGCAAUACAAUGGAUUCUGCACUACUACUACCAUGGAGUUCAGUCCUGGAGUUGGUUUUACCCUUACCAUUAUGCCCCUUAUCUGUCAGAUAUUCGCAACAUUAGUGAACUCAAAAUUCAAUUUGAAUUGGGAAAACCUUUCAUGCCAUUUGAACAACUUCUUGCUGUCCUGCCUGCAGCCAGCAAGGAUUUGCUUCCAGGGUGCUACCAGCAUUUAAUGACCAGUGAAGAAUCUCCAAUAAUAGAAUACUAUCCUCCAGAUUUUAAAACUGAUCUAAAUGGGAAACAGCAAGAAUGGGAAGCUGUUGUUUUAAUCCCAUUCAUUGAUGAAACUAGAUUACUGCAGGCCAUGGAGUCAUGCCACAAGUAUCUGAGAGAAGAGGAGGAGAAGAGGAACAGACACAGCGAGUGCCUGAUGUACUGGUUCGAUGGGGAUACUGGGUUCAAGUACCUCUCUCCCUGGCCUGAGAGGUUCCCGCCCAUUGAAAAGUGCCGUGCUAGGCAUAAAAUAAUAUCUUUAGAUGCUUGGCAUGUAGAUAUAAACCAGAAUAAAAUAACUAAAGUUGACCAGAAGGCACUCUAUUUCUGUGGGUUUCCUACUCUAAAGCACAUCAAACACAAGUUUUUUCUGAAGAAAAGCGGGGUACAAGUAUUCCAACAAAGCAGCCGUGGAGAGAAUAUGAUGUUAGAAAUCCUAGUUGAUGAUGACUCAGAUGAACUUCAAAUAGAAAAUGUUGCCUCAUCAGUGCUCGGAAAAUCUGUCUUUGUUAACUGGCCUCACCUUGAAGAAGCUAGGAUUGUAGCAGUAUCAGAUGGAGAAACUAAGUUUUACUUGGAAGAAACUCAAGGAACACAGAAGCUUUACUUAGGGAAAACUGCCCCACCAACUAAAGUUGUUCAUGUUGGAGAUAAAGAACAAUCUAACUGGGUGAAAGAAGUACAAACAAUUUCAGAACACUACCAGAGAAGAAAAGGAAUAAUAAUAAAUGAAACUUCUGUUGUUGUGUAUGCUCAGUUACUUACCGGUCAUAAAUAUCAAUUAAAUCAAAAUGGUGAGGUUCAUCUGGAGAAACAGUGGUCAAAACAAGUUCUUCCUUUUGUUUAUCAAACUGUUGUCAAGGAUAUCAGUGCUUUUGAGACACAUUUCUCUAAUAUCAAAACAUUGGAUGAUCUAUUUCCACCUAGAAGUACAGUCUUUAUGCUGGGGACUCCUUACUAUGGCUGCACAGGAGAAGUUCAGGAUUCAGGGGAUGUAAUUACAGAAGGUAGAAUUCGUGUGGUUUUCAACAUUCCAUGUGAACCUCAUCUUGAUGCCUUAAUACAGAACCAGCAUAAAUAUUCUAUAAAAUACAAUCCUGGAUAUGUUUUGGCAAGUCGUCUUGGAGUGAGUGGAUACCUUGUUUCAAGGUUUACAGGAAGUAUUUUUAUUGGAAGAGGAUCUAGGAGAAAUCCCCAUGGAGACCACAAGGCCAAUGUAGGAUUGAACCUGAAGUUCAAUAAGAAGAAUGAAGAGGUUCCUGGUUACACAAAAAAAGUUAGCAAUGAAUGGAUGUAUUCUUGUGCUGUGGAGCAGCUCCUGGCAGAAUACCUCGAGAGGGUACCAGAACUCUUUAGUUACGUAGCUAAGAACAGCCAAGAAGAUGUAUUCUAUGAAGAUGACAUUUGGCCUGGUGAAAAUGAGAAUGGUGCUGAAAAAGUUCAAGAAAUUGUUACGUGGCUAAAGGCGCAUCCUGUCAGUGCUUUGUCUCGCUCAUCUUGUGACUUACAAAUUCUGGAUGCAGCUAUUGUUGAGAAAAUUGAAGAAGAAGUAGAAAAGUGCAAGCAAAGGAAGAGUAAUAAGAAGGUACGAGUGACAGUGAAACCCCAUUUACUGUACAGACCUUUAGAGCAACAGCAGGGUAUUAUUCCUGAUCGGGAUGCAGAGUUCCGUCUUUUUGACCGUGUUGUAAAUGUGAGAGAGAACUUUUCAGUUCCUGUGGGUCUCCGAGGCACCAUCAUAGGAAUUAAAGGAGCUAGUAGAGAAGCAGAUGUGCUAUUUGAAGUAUUAUUUGACGAAGAAUUUCAUGGAGGUUUAAGGAUAAGGUGCUCACCUGCAAGAGGUUAUCGACUGCCAACAAGUGCCUUAAUUAACCUUUCUCAUGGUAAUCGCUCCGAGACUGGAAAUCAGAAGUUGACAGCCAUAGUGAAACCACAACCUGCUGUGAAUCCCUGCCCUUCAAGUUCCUCUGUUCCAUCUGUUAUAGCUUCUCAGAAAGCCCAUUCAGGCCUCAGCCAUUCUCGAUCACUUUUGACUCCACAAGUACCUACUAAAGAUGAUGAUGAAUUUUGCAGUAUUUGGCAGUCAUUACAGGGAUCAGGAAAACCUCAACAUUUUCAACAGAAUUCACAGGAGAAGGGUUUGGUUCUACCUCAAGAAAUAAACAGAGGCGCUACUACUAUUCAGUAUCAUAAACCUGGCUUCAAUGACAGCAGCAUUAAGGGUCAGCAAAGAAAAUGUGACCAAUAUAGAAAAUUCAAAGAAGAUUGUAAAAUUUCUAAGAAUGAAUGUCAGUCACAAAAGAUAGUAAACAAACAGACUGACCCUGGAAUUGAAAACUUCCUAGCAUCUUUGAAAAUUGCCAAAGAGAAUGAAGUGCAACCAUCCUUCAGUGAGGAACCAGCAACAAGUGAAGAACAUUUGUCACCACAGUCAUUUGCUAUGGGAACACAGAUGCUUAAAGAAAUUCUGAAAAUUGAUGGCACAGACCCUGCAGACCACAAAAAUGAAGUAAAACAAUUAGUUAAUGAAGUUAAUACUUCUUCUAAUAAGAAAGAGGUAUAUGGAAUUUCUUCACAGCCUAAGCAAACCAAGAAGUUAGCUACUUACAUAAACAAGCCUCAUAAUCCAGGGGACUGUCAUAAUGCUCAAGCUAUAGACAAUUUAGGUCGACCUGUCCUCAGUCAGCAGCCUCCUUUAUCCACACCAGUAUCAGAACUUUCUCGACUUUGCUCUCUUGUUGGAAUGCCACAACCAGAUUUCAUUUUUCUAAGAACACCACAGACAAUGACAGUUUGCCAGGUUAAAUUAUCUAAUGGCUUACUAAUACAUGGACCACAAUGCCCAUCGGAAAAUGAAGCCAAGGAGAAAGCCGCUUUUUUUGCUUUACAACAUCUGAGCACUGUAGGAAUGAACUUUCCUUUGCCUCCACCAAUGUUUCCAAAUUAUCCACCUGCUGUACCUACAGGAGCCAUUCCUCCUGUAUUUGCCCAACCUACUGGCUGGGAUCACUAUGGAAGCAGCUUAGCCUAUGGGGCAGCUAAUAUAAUGCCUCCAUCUUCUCAUAUCUUUGGCUCAGUGCCAUGGGGAUCUCCAAUGCCAAUUCCAGGGAAACCUUAUCACCACCAUGCUCCAUACCCCACCAACAUGCCUCUCCCAGGACCAGUGCCAGUUGCACCUCACAAUCAGUUCAUACCUCUUCAGGUUACAAAGAAAAGAGCUGCAAACAAAAGAAGUGUGGAAUGUAAGGGAGCCCAGGGUUAUUCUUCUCAGGCCACCCCUCUUCAACCAGAGUCUCCAGGUCUUUCAGAAAGUGCCCCGUUAACUUCACAGGAAAGUUCAUCUAAUUUAAAGUCACCUCAAGUUCCUCCCACUACAGUUUCUUUUCACGACAAAGUAGCCUCUUCAGGCUCUGGUACUUCUCGUGGUAAAUCAACACCAGGUCCUUCGAGACGAAAACCAAGGAAACUGGCAGUCAACUUUGGUGUUUCUAAACCAUCAGAAUAAAUAUGGUAUUUAGGAUUAAAUUAAUGUUUCCUUUACAACCUCCCCAAACUUUUUAUAAGGAUCUAUAUAUCCUAUUAAAAAAAGAAUGCACUAUUUUAAAAAAAAAUAAUGUUUGUAGUAUUGAAAAACUGAAGAUCUUUUAGUAGUUAGGCUUUUUUCAGACUGUUAAAAGAAUAUUUACAAAAAGUUUGUGUUGUGAAAGACACUGAAGAAGCAAACUUAAAAAUGAACACUCCAUCCAUCAUCCAUUGUGCCUAGAUACUAGGAGCAUCUUAGCACCAUGACUUGGAGAUUAUACGAGCAAUAAUAAUAAUAGCAUUUUCUGACCUUUCUUUGAGGCAGAAAAUAGUGGUGGAGUCAAAAAGAGGCCUCAAACAUAAUUUACUAUAUGGGAGUUUUAUUUUUGUAAUAGUUUAAUAAAAUAGAUGGGGAAGAGAAGAGUGGCUCUUAUUUGUAUCUUAAUUUGUGUUCUUUUCGCUCUGUGGGUCUUUGGGCCUACAAGAGAAUAAACCUAAUGGGGCUGCUGCUGCUGGGCUUGCUUCCUGUCCAAAUUUUAUACCAAAGCUGCUUUCAAAUACCAACCAGAAUUUUGAUCUCUUUAAAUGUCUAGAAUUUUAAUAGCAAAAUUAGGUUUGAGUGAGUAAUUUAAAAGCAUUUGGGUUGUUCAUGAACCAGCACUGUUAAUUAAUAAUAAAGUUUAAGUAUCCACAGGGUACAAUUACUACAAAUGAAUAGACUGUUGGACAAUAAUGCAAAUCAUUAAUCAUGUCAAUAUAAUUCUGCUGUAUGAUUUUCCAACUGCUGCUUUACCACCAUAUGAAUCUGCCUCUCAUUCAAACACAAUGCUGCCUAGGAGACUAGAGAAAUUUUAAAUAUCAUUUAAAUUCCAGGAUGUGUACUAACAUAGAAGCAAACAUCAAUCACUUUUUUGUACAUUAUCUCUGUGGCAGACAUUUAUUUCAUGUCAGUUCCAUAUUUUUAAGCCCAUUUCUUGGAACUGCUAAGUGACUGGCUUUAUGUUUUCUUUGCAUGUUAUUUAUAUUUAUAUUCAUGUAUGAGUGUGUAUAUA